UCGAUGCGUUAGUGAGAACGAUUGCUGCCAGUCUGGUUUGGAGACAUUUGUAAGAGCGGAGGCCAGACUAAACUCUGAUGUCUUUCAUUGCGAGCAGACGGCACGGAAAAGCAGCAGCCACUAACUUUCUACUGGAAGUUAUUUUGAGGAUUUAAGCAUCCUCAGGGGUAUACGUUUAGUGUUCUUGUAUUUCUGGGAAAUGAGAUGAGAUGAGGGCCUGGCAUGGCAAACUUAUUCUUGUCUUGUUUUCUUUUGGAUGCGCUUUGAUGUUAACCUCCUGGCGCGCGCCACAACCAGAAAACUUGCCAUUGCAGCUCAAUUUAGUCUAUGACAGGUUAAUGCGAGCAGAACAACGAGGGGAGGUCUUAUCACAAGAACUGCUUAAAGUACUGGGUCAACUUCAAAUCCGCAGCAAUGCUGUAUUUAAUCUCACAUCCAGCAACUUCUCAGCCUAAUACCCUCCUCUAUUUGCCCCACCUGAAAGAGCACAAGGACAGUCUGAAACCCAUCGUUCACCUGGGACAGGGACGCACUGGAGUGUCCCUGGUGUUAGGAGUUCCCACUGUACAUCGGCAGCAACAGAGUUAUCUUGUGAACACACUCCAAUCUCUCCUUUAUGACCUUUCAACUGCAGAGAGGAAGGAUAUUGUCAUUAUAGUAUUUGUUGCAGAGACAAAUGCAACAUUUGUGAAUGCUGUUGCAAAGAGUAUACGGGACAAUAUCCCAGAUGCUGUGAGUUCUGGAUUGAUAGAGGUGAUCUCCCCUUCAACUCACUACUACCCAGACUUCAGUGCCCUGAAGGAAACCUUUGGAGACUCCAUGGAGCGAGUCAGAUGGAGGACCAAGCAGAAUCUGGACUACAGCUUCCUCAUGCAGUAUGCCCAGAAUAAGGGUACAUACUAUGUCCAGCUCGAGGAUGAUAUUGUAGCUAAGCAAGGAUACUUUCAGUCCAUGAAAACAUAUACCAAAGAGGUGUUUUACGAGGAGUGGCUUUUCCUGGAGUUCUCCCAGCUGGGAUUCAUUGGCAAACUCUUCCGGACGUCGGAACUGCCAAUGAUUGUGGAGUUCAUUCUGAUGUUCCACAAAGACAAGCCUAUUGAUUGGCUGCUUGAUCACAUCCUUUGGGUGAAAGUGUGUAAUCCGGAGAAAGAUUCAAAAUACUGCGAUGAUGAGAAGGCCAAACUAAAGAGAUCUCACAAACCCUCCCUAUUUCAGCAUGUCGGUUUGCAUUCCUCCCUACCUGGAAAAAUUCAAAACCUUAAAGAUAAAGAAUUUGGGAAACAGGAGCUGUUCAAAGGCCACCCUAAUCCACCUGCAACACUCAGCAGCAGUCUGGAACACUAUCAGACUCACUCUUUGGAAAGGGGUUACAAUGGGGAAGACUUCUUCUGGGGCCUCACACCCAAAAGAGGAGACUACAUCCUCAUCUCCUUUACUAAACCAGAAGCUGUCAAAGAGUACCUUUUUCGAAGUGGUAAUAUUGAAACAAAUGGUGACAGGUUUUACAACACAACGGUGGAGGGGCUUCCUUUUAAUAGCUCUGUACUUGAGAGGGUGAACAGAGGAGAACUGCCCUGCUGUAAACCCUCAACCGAUGGCUUUGUUGUGAUAGGUUCUUUCAAGAAUGGUAUAGCUGAAGGAGACGUGGAUGUAGCACUACAGCAAUUAUCAGCCAUACGACUCGUGGUUCACUCAGAUUCAGAUGUCUGGGUUCUUCUCAGUGAGGUCGGUUCUCGCCUCCUCCUUUCCAUUGAACUGCUUAACAUUGACAAACAUCCAGAGGAAUGUACAAAGACAAGUGCUUGAUUUGAACAAACUCAGGAGGAUUACCUGUGUGACAAACACCAGUGUUGAACCUGUAGGGCUUGUUAGGGCAGUUCCCCUUCUGUCGCUCUCUCCACGUUGUGUUGGAGAAGCGACACUAGGGGUCUCUCUUGAGCGCCGAUAUUCACCUCUGAUCUAUUGAAAAGGGCCAAUGGGAGUUGGCAGUCAGUAUUUGCAUACCCCGCCCCCGGACAUACGGGUAUUUAAGCGGGGCAAAUACGGGAGUUCAUUCAGAAAAUUUCUUCGGAGCCGAUGGUCUGUCUGCAGUUGCUGCGAGUUUACACACCACUAUAAAACGUUCCUGUUUCCUCUGACGAUCUGCAUGCUGUUGGAUCUUGACGGCGCACAACAGCGGCUUUCUCCUUCACUUUGCACGGCGUGCAUUGUUGCCCCUGAGCGCAUCGACAGCGCAGACACACAUACACACUGUGUAUAUUAAAAGAGUUAUUUUCCUUAAAAGAGUAAAUUUCUCUAAAAGAGCAAACACAGCGGCGUUGAACGUCCUUUUCAGGACGCGUCUUUCUGAAGAUGCCUUUCCGCCCCUGUGUAGUUUUUGGAGGCGGUGAUUUCUCCCCACCUCUGACGGUCAUAAAAACUGCCUGGCGUACCUGGGUUGCGAAACACGCAGGCAGCGUUUUUUAUGAAUGGUCUAUGUUUUCAGUACGAAAACAUAGCCAUGACAGCACUGCGGUCGUAGGCUUUCUCUUGUAGUGAGAGAGAGCCGCUUCAGCCGCCCCCCGCGCCUCGCCUCCUUCCCACGGGAUCCCCUCCCUGCAAGUCCACCGGGCCAAGGCACUUCAAGAUUUGCACUUGGGUAGUCCUGUUCUUGACGUGCUGCAGGAACUGCACUCGGACAGGCGAUGUCCACCCUCGUGGUCCAGAAACAUAACAAAUGGACUGGAUCUGGUCAUAGUACAGGAGGUAGACAAAGCACGCUUUCUCAGAACUCUCCAGUCUCCCAGCUCCAUUCGGCGACACCACCUGACAACUCCACCCAGCAGUCCUCAGUGGUGAAGAAACAGACGGAGGCCAGGUCACACGUCCUUCCCCGCCGCAAACCUGCCGCCAGGGGCCAUGCCCUGUCUGCUCGCCGAGGGCGUCCUCCUGCGGCUUUCAAGGAAGAAAGGAAGUGGUGC